CGGAAGCUCUUCCGCCGCCAACCGCGAGGCUGCCAGGAGUGUGAACCCGGAAGCGGUUUCCUCGCCCCGGUAGCGGCGGGAUGGAAAGCUAGGGCCUUUGAGGAUCUGGAACCCUUUCGUUUCGGGAGAGUAUGAGGGGUGUUUGGUGCUGAGGUGCGAGGAGAGGGAAGGACAAUAAAGAGCCCGUGGGCAAGAGGCUAUUCGAAUCCAGACACCUGAGCUCUUGAAGCGCGGGGUGGGGAGCGCGACCGAACACGCCGGGCAGCUUCUGGUGGCGAGUAAGAGGUUUCCUGUCACAGGAAGUUGGGCCUGGCCUCUGGGAAAUAGAAGGGAAGGAGGAAUGAGAAAGCGGUGACGGUCCCCUGCCCCCCAGGUGGCUGUCCGACCCAGUGAGUUGAAUGUAGCGACCUGGGAGGUGCUCGGCCGCCCGCAGGGGUGAGACGAGGAGCAGCAAGAUCCAGACUCCGGCGAGAAAACAGAGGUGGGAGGCUGAACUAUCUCGACAUCUAGUUUCUCCAGGUACAGAAGGCAGAUUUUUAUGCAGUUAAGACUUCUGAAACGAUGGGAAAUCCAGAAAACGUAGAAGAUGCAUACGUCGCUGUUAUUCGUCCAAAGAAUACUGCCAGUCUAAAUUCUCGGGAAUACAAAGCUAAGUCAUAUGAAAUUUUGUUGCAUGAAGUUCCUAUUGAAGGACAAAAAAAAAAGAGAAAGAAAGUUUUGUUGGAAACUAAACUUCAAGGCCACAGUGAAAUAACACAAGGCAUAUUGGAUUAUGUAGUAGAAACCACGAAACCAAUUUCUCCUGCAAACCAGGGUAUCAAAGGAAAACGAGUGAUACUGCUGAAGAAAUUUCCUCUGGAUGGGGAGAAGAUGGGCAGAGAAGCAGCAUUGUUUAUCGUUCCAUCGGUUGUCAAAGAUAAUACUAAAUAUACAUAUACUCCAGGAUGCCCAAUUUUUUACUGCUUACAAGAUAUUAUGCGAGUCUGUAGUGAAUCCAGUACUCACUUUGCUACACUUACAGCAAGGAUGUUAAUAGCCUUGGAUAAGUGGUUAGAUGAACGUCAUGCACAAUCUCACUUUAUUCCAGCUUUAUUCCGACCUUCUCCUCUGGAGCGGAUAAAAACUAAUGUCAUAAAUCCUGCAUAUGCUACUGAAUCGGGUCAGACAGAAAACUCACUACAUAUGGGCUAUAGUGCACUCGAAAUAAAGAGUAAAAUGUUAGCCCUAGAGAAAGCAGACACCUGUAUUUACAAUCCUUUGUUUGGAUCAGAUCUUCAAUACACAAACCGGGUCGAUAAAGUGGUAAUAAAUCCAUACUUUGGUCUAGGAGCUCCAGACUACUCUAAAAUCCAAAUUCCCAAACAGGAAAAAUGGCAAAGAAGCAUGAGCAGUGUCACAGAAGACAAGGAACGACAGUGGGUAGAUGAUUUUCCUCUCCAUCGAAGUGCCUGUGAAGGAGAUUCAGAGUUAUUAAGCCGUCUUCUCAAUGAAAGAUUUUCAGUCAACCAAUUAGAUAGUGACCACUGGGCACCCAUUCAUUAUGCAUGCUGGUAUGGAAAAGUUGAGGCCACUCGCAUAUUGUUAGAGAAAGGAAAGUGCAAUCCAAAUCUUUUAAAUGGACAGCUUAGUUCUCCUCUUCAUUUUGCUGCUGGAGGAGGACAUGCAGAAAUAGUACAGAUUCUCUUAAACCAUCCAGAAGUUGACAGACACAUAACAGACCAACAGGGAAGAUCCCCCUUAAAUAUUUGUGAAGAAAACAAACAAAAUAAUUGGGAAGAAACUGCAAAAUUGUUGAAGGAAGCCAUCAACAAACCAUAUGAAAAAGUUCGAAUAUAUAGAAUGGAUGGAUCAUACCGUUCUGUUGAGCUGAAGCAUGGAAAUAAUACCACAGUGCAGCAGAUAAUGGAAGGCAUGCGUCUCUCUCAAGAAACACAGCAAUAUUUCACUAUUUGGAUCUGUUCAGAAAACCUCAGCCUUCAACUCAAACCUUAUCAUAAACCUUUGCAACAUGUUCGGGACUGGCCAGAAAUACUUGCUGAAUUGACUAAUUUGGAUCCCCAAAGGGAAACACCACAGCUUUUCCUAAGAAGAGAUGUAAGACUUCCUUUGGAAGUUGAAAAAAAGAUUGAAGACCCACUGGCUAUUCUUAUUCUCUUUGAUGAAGCCAGAUAUAAUUUACUGAAGGGCUUUUAUACAGCUCCUGAUGCCAAACUGAUAACAUUGGCAAGUCUACUGUUGCAAAUAGUUUAUGGAAAUUAUGAGAGUAAGAAACACAAGCAAGGUUUCUUAAAUGAAGAAAAUCUGAAAUCCAUUGUACCUAUUACCAAAUUGAAAAGUAAGGCACCUCACUGGACAAACCGAAUUCUUCAUGAAUAUAAGAAUCUUAGUACAAGUGAAGGUGUCAGUAAAGAAAUGCAUCACCUUCAGCGCAUGUUCUUACAAAAUUGUUGGGAAAUUCCUACAUAUGGAGCAGCUUUUUUCACAGGACAGAUAUUUACAAAGGCAAGCCCCAGCAAUCAUAAAGUCAUACCUGUGUAUGUAGGAGUGAAUAUAAAAGGACUUCAUCUCCUCAACAUGGAAACUAAGGCUUUACUCAUCAGUCUUAAGUAUGGUUGUUUUAUGUGGCAGUUGGGAGAUGCUGAUACAUGUUUUCAGAUCCAUAGUAUGGAAAAUAAAAUGAGCUUUAUAGUACACACAAAACAGGCUGGCCUUGUGGUAAAACUGUUAAUGAAGCUAAAUGGACAGUUAAUGCCUACUGAAAGAAAUUCGUGAGAAGAAAGCAGCUGAUACUUACAUCACCAUAUUUUGUGAUACAGAUUUUUUCCAUGAAAGAUUUCUUAAACUAUUACUUUUAACAAGGCACUUAGUCUCUUGUAAUAUAUAUGUAUACUGUUACAUUGUACAGAAUCUGUACUUAAUGUUUGGUGUGUAAUAUACCAAUUAGUUUUAUAUAAUAUCCUCAUAAGCUAUUCUAAUUUUUCAGAGAAACACAGAAAAAAGUAUAGAUUGAUAGUCUGUAUAAAAUUAGAAAAAAAUGUAAGCUUUAUAAAAAAUUUAUUUUUGGUAAAUGGUAAAGAAUUUAGAGUGGAAUGUCAUGAAAUUAAAAUACAGAUAGCUUUGCUAUAACUGUCAUUUCAAAAUAUACAUGAAAGUCAACAUGAUUUGAAUAAAGAAAUAGAUUUUCUACUUAAGCCAUAAAAGUGUUAUUUAAAACAUUUUUCUGUAAUCUGUGAACAUUUCUCAGUAUGUUUUUUGGAGUUUAAAAUGGAUCUAGUAUAAACUAGUAUUCUUCAAAGUAUAGUUCUUGAAUGCCCUGCAUCAUAAUUACCUGGGGGCCUCUUAAAAAUGAGGAUUUCAGAGACUCACCCUAGACAAGUUCAUUCACUCUCUGGAAGUAGUGGGGCCUGGGAAUCUUAGGUUUUGGUUUGUUUUCUGUUGAAGCAAAAUCAGACCCAAUAAUGAAUUUGGAUUAUUAAAGUUAAGUAAGUUACACAAAACUACUUGGCACACAAGCACAUAUGUACAUAGAUAACACCGAUAAAAUGACAAUCUCUAGAUAUUCAUUGUUGCAGUUAUUAAGUUCAUGUUGUAUUUUUAUGAGUUGGCUUAAUGAUUUAUUUAUGUUGUCUUUACAUUGUAGGAAGUAGAUCACCAAAUAUCUGGUUGUUUCAUUUAGGGGAGUUCUGAUAUCAUAGAUGAGGAGCUAACUUAUUAAUCUGCUAUGUAACAAGCUCAGAAACUAAUCUUUCCAAGCUAAAUAGACUGAUGUGUUCUAAGUAAGUUCAGAUAUACAGUCUUAUUUAAAGUUCUACAGAUUGCAGAUAAUUUAAUAUAGCAUCAUCUACACUUCACAUUAACUUCUGCUUAUUUUUAAUGGUGCUCUGCCUGAGCUUUAUUAAAAUUAAGAUUAUGUGGUUAAGUAAGUUUAAUGAUAGAGUCUGAUUUAAUUCUCUGCUAAGUACUUUGAUGAUACAUAGGCAAUGCCUUGUUCAAUUUUAUCCAUUCCUAUGGUCUCAGCUGUUACCAAAAAUCUUGUUGACACUCAGACCUUAACCUCUCUUCUGAACUCUAGAUCUUAGUUUGCAGUUUCCUGCUAUUCUAGCUCCACCUACAUGGCCUACACAAGGAACUUCAGUUUCAUCAUAGAUGGAAACAAUUGGUUUCUUCUACUUACUCCAUUCUAUCUUUACAUUUGUAUUUUUCGAUCAGGUAAUGACAUCAUCAGAUUGCAUCUUGUUGCUUAGCCUGGAAAUCUUGGAGUGGUCUUCAACUUUUCCCUCUUUCAUCACUCUACACAUUCCAUUUAUCAAGUUCUGUCAAAUGUCCUUUUCAGUCGUUUUCCAUUCCCAUCCUUCCUGUUUGCACAGCAACCACCCUAGUUCAAGUCCUCACCAUGUAUCCCUGGGCUCGUAGCCUCCUCUCCUGAUGCAGGAUCUACACCUUGCCCACCUAUCUGUCACAUUGCUACCAAGCUAGCCUUUCUUAUAGAUCUAAUUAUUUCACUAGCCUUUGAAAACUCUCCUCACUGCAUGUUGAAUUAAAUUCCAAUUCCUUAUUAUUGAAUACAGGGCCCUUAAAACUCUGUCACACACCUGCCCAUCCAGAUUAAUGUCUAACCACUUCUCUCACACUCAUUCUGUGCUCCUACCUGGUGUUUUCUAACCCUGGCUCUGUAGUCACACGGGGAGUUUGAAUACUUUAUGACUCAAUAAAAUUUUAGGGUGCGACCCAAGCAUUUCUGUUUUUAAAAUAUCCCAUGUGAUUUUGAUGUAUAGCUUAGGGUUUAGAACUGCUGUUAUAACCAACUUUAACUAGGAAGUACCUGAAUGCUUUUCCAUUCAGAGUGAGGUGAGGAUGCAAUGAUAGUACAUUAAGCAACUCCCUGCCGUAGAAUAUAUGGAGUCGUACAGUAUGGCAGUCUUGUAGAGAAGGGAUGAGGAGACUACUAGAGUAGCGUGGCUAUUAAAAGCUUAAAAAUACAUACCAUCCAAAAGUUAACUUUAAAAAUUAAUAUUGAGGAAAAAAAUAAUUCAUUAUUUGUGAGACCGUAACAAACCAGAAAUAGACAAUAAGGAGGAAAUGCAAACAGCUUUUAAUGAGUGCCUAGAAUUGGUCAGGCAUUAUAUAUGUGCACUGAGGAUGAAAGAUACCAUUUUCCUUUUCAUCCUUCUUUUAAUAAAUUUGAGUGCCUUUUAUGUGCCAGGGAUCCAGUAGUAAGGAAAACAAAGUCCCUGCCUUCAGUGAGCAAAGUUUAAUGAGGAAGAGAAUACUCAUGGAAAUGUAAACUUAUAAAUUGUAAUAACUAUGAUGAAAGAAAAAAAUGUACUAUCUAAGCAUAAGCAAGGAAACUUGGUCUAAUCUUAGAGAUCAGGAGAGGCUUCCCUGAGCAAGUGCUGCUUAAGUGGCAUCUGAGGGGGUAAAUAGGAAUGAAUGAUGUGAAGGUGACAGGGGGAAGAGAAGUGAGGUGACAUGUUUUGACCUCAAGGAUAGUCCUGGAGAACUGAUAACAAGAUUAACAGUUUUUAGUGAAGAAGUGAAUUCAAACAAGUUUUUAUCCAAAUCACAAGAAAUGAAUUCCCAUUGUAGAAAUAAAAUUAGAACAGCUAACACUGCACAUGAUAAGCGUAUUAGAGAAAAUCAUACUGAAGAAUCACAUCUUGUAAGAUUAAAAGUUGCCAAAAUCUGAUAAACGACAAGAACAUUAAAAAAAAAAUUUGCCAAAAUUGACCCUAGAAAAAUUACUUGAUAGAAAUAUUUAGCAAAGUAAAACUGCCCACAGUUAUUGACCAAAUUUAAUAGAAUUACAUCAAUAAAAUUUAUAUUUUAAUUUGACCCUAAGGAACUCAAUGGCAAAAACUGUAAUUGGAAGAAUUACAGUUUGAAUUACAGAAUGACUGAUGAAUCAAUUAAUUACUUUGUAAUGUACGUGGGGGGGAAAAAACCAAUGAAAAUGAUUUCAGUAAAAUGAAAAUGGAAAAAAAUAUAAAUUGUUUUUGUUGUACUGUAUAGAAAACUGAUCAAGAAGUUAAAUUGGUUUGAGUACAUACAAAAAAAUACUUUCUCAACAAAAAUCCAUUUGUGAUGGUAUGAUUCUCAUUUCACAUUUGUAUUCAUAAAGUCAGAAUGCCUCUAGGAUCAUAUCUAGUGUUUGGAGAGGCUGUGGUAAACAGACUAAAAAGGCCCUACAGCAGAAAGUGGAUAAGCCUUGAGUUUUUAGAGGCCAGAAUGUUUGAAGCAAAGAAAUAUCUUUCAGACACCUUAGGGUAUAGGGAAGAAAAGUAAUUUGAAUACAUUGACUGUGCUGAUAAUUUCUGUGAUAGAAAGAAGUGCUGGUGUUUCAGGAUUCACUGGAAGGGCACCAAGGAUGGGUGGAAUUAGGGACUUACUUCCCCAUUAGUUAAAUAAUAAUAAUAGCUAAUACUUAAAAUGGUGCUUACUAUGCCCCUGGCAUUGUUUAAAGCCUUUUAGAUACAUUAAUUCAUUUAAUCCUCACAAUAACUAUGAGGCAGAUACUAUUCCCAUUAUAUACAGAGAAAACAAAGUUAAGUUGCUUGCCAAAGAGAAAAUAGCUAAUAAGUGGCAGAGCCGAGAUUCAUAUCCAGGCCUGGCUCCAGAGUAUAAGUGAAUCAGAAACUUGAUGUGUGGUUGUAAUAAAAACACGAUAUUUGCUUUCUCUCUUUUAAAAAGCCAAGGAGCCAAACUUUCUCACACAGUGGUAUAAAUCUUUUCAUUAUAUUGUAUAACUUUGAAUACAACUGUGUGUGGAGAGGUUAUUAUGUUAGUCUAAGGUAAAAGCAGUAAGUGGUAGAGUUAGAAUUCAAAAUCUGGCAGUCUGGCUUCUGAAUUCAGGCAUUAGGUAAAGGAGAGAGAGAUGGACAGUUUAAAAAAAAAAAACGUAACAAAUCUUAAAGAAUUUAUUCCUUAAUCAUGAGGAGCCAUGGGAGCCUUUGGGGCUUAACUAGCUCAGAUUUGUGUGUUGAAAGGUCAUCCUGGGCCAGUGCAUGGAAGGGCUUGAAGGGGUCUGAGUAAGAAAGUAUAAAACAAUGGGUAGAAAUGGAUUAAUGUUUUGACAAAACCCAGUGACCUUUGGAUGUGAGAAAUAAGUAAGAGAUAGGAGUUACAAAUAAUUCCCUUCUUUCUGUCCUGGCAACUGGGAAAAUGGCACUGUAUGCUGUCUAAAAUAGGGAAUGGAGGGGCAGGAUUUGAAGAAAUAAGCAUUGAGUUCCUGAUGCCUGAAGGACAUGCAGGUGGAGAUGCCUCAGGCCUGAAGCUCAGAAUGCUCUAUAGGAGAUAAUAACUGAAACUUUAGGAACAGAUUUAAAGCCACCUAGGAAGAGAGCAGAGUGAGAAGCAACCAAAGAAUGCCAACAUUUGAGAAAUGGGCAAAGAUAGAGCAAUCCACAUCAUCUUGUUAGGCAAAUGGGUAUCAGUAUAGAAAAGAAAUGGCUUGGCACCAUCCUGCAUACUAAGUAUUCAAUACAUUUAAUAUGGACAAAAAUUAAAUUAAAAAAUCUUUAAUAUCACUAGAGAAAAACAGACUGGUAUAUUUAAGUGGCAGAGAACACAUUCAUUUAUGGAUAUUUUUAAACCAGCUAUCAUGAGAGGUGUUUAAAAUGCCUUUUAAUGUACAUAGUAAAAAGGAAAGCAAAAGAAUCAAGGAAUUUAGAGCAACCGGAACUCAUACAUGGAUAAUAAGAAAGCAAAAUGGCACAACCAUUUUGGAAAAGUUUGGUAGUUUCUUAUUAGUUAAAUAUACACCUAGUUAAAUAUUGCACUCAGUCAAUCCACUCCCAGGUAUUUAAGAGACAAAAACUUAUGUCCACACAAAAAUAUGUAUGCAAAUGUUUAUAGGAUAUAUUUUCCUUUUUUCAUAAUACAUAAUGAAAUGUAAUUAUUCGUAACAGCCCCAAACCAGAAACAACCCAAAUAUCCUUCAGUGGGUGAGUGAAUAAACAAACUUAGGUUUAUUGGAAUACUACUAAACAACAAAAAAGAAUAAACUAUUGAUGACAAUAUGGAUAAAUUUCAAAUGUAUUAUGCUAACUGAAAGAAGCCAGGCUGAAAAGGUUAUAUACUGUAGCAUGCCCAUCCAUUUAGAUGGCAUUCUGGAGAAGGCAAAACUGUAGAGUCAGAAAGCAAUUAGUGGAUAUCAGAGGUUAACGAUGAGGGUGAGAGGAUGUGGGAAUAUAAAGGGGCAGCAUGAAGGAAUUUGAAGUGGUUAAAGAACUGUUCUGUAUCCUGAUUUUGAUUGACAGUGUAUUUGUUAAAUCACAAAACUAUAUAUCUAAAAAGCAAAAAUUUACAUAAAUUUUAAAAGUAAGAUUAAGAAAAGAAUUACAACUUGCUCUAUAGAUGUUGAAAAUUUACCAAAAGUUUAUAAAGGUUUAAUAGAAAUUAAAGUCAGUGAUUAAAUUCCGAAGGGGAGUGGUCAGAGAAGAUCACAGAAAGGUUAUAUGCUUGGAAAUGCAGACAACUUUAAGAAAUGAGGAAAUAAAAUCUUUGCUAAUGAAAUGCAAAACAACUAAAUUAGUUGAAUUAUAUGGAAUGAUAAAACUCAACUAAGUACAUUAAUAAAAAUGAUGGCCCAGUGCUGAGACAACAUAUGGGAUAAAUGAUAAAAUUAGUUGAAUUAUAUGGAAUGAUAAAACUCAACUAAGUACAUUAAUAAAAAUGAUGGCCCAGUGCUGAGACAACAUAUGGGAAUAUAUUUUGGGGGUACUGAAAAUUGGUUGAAUCUUCUGGUAAAGCAGUCUGGAAAAUGUUUACUCUCCUUGACCUGAUGAUCCCACAUGAGGACAAUCCAUGCAUGAGCCCGCUGCCCCUACUUUCUCAUUUGCAGUGCUUUACUGGUACAGUUUCCCCACUUGCCUAGGGAGUAAACUACUACAAUUCAACAUGGGGGAAAAAAAUAAUAGUUUCUAACAUUACCAUAAAAAUGUAACAAAAUUGUAUAGUUAAAAAUAAUAUAUACUCAAGGUAAUUGUUUUCAAAACAAGUCUACUCCAGAUGCUUUACUUGUUACAGAAUAAUGUAGUUAGGCCACCAACUCAAUUAUAUGAGGAAAUAACAAGUAUCCCAAACCAGUAAUUAGCGAAUCGUUUGUUGACUUUUGGAAUAUACUAUAUAAUGUUUUAAAAGAUGCCUGACCAGUUAUAUUUUACCGAUGCUUGAUAACACUUUUUGUUUGGAUUUACUGAAUAUUUACCAGUAGGGCAGUGAAAAGGAAUGAACCUAAAAUGAUAAGUCUUCUGCAGAUAGAAAAACAACUAAACAAUUUUUACUAAAGUCAAA